CCGUCAAAACACUCCACAAACAUGUCAUGCUCGGAGAACGCGGCCGGGAACUCGUUUCUGGUGGACUCGCUGAUCAACGGACGGGCUGAGGGCAACGGUGGCUCGUGCUACACGAGCGGUGGUCUAUAUUUGCCCCCCGGUGCCGAGUAUUCAUACGGACUACCGAACUGUGGCUAUUUCCCCGGAUUUAAACGCGGCGAGAGCCAGCCGCAGACCGGGAUCCCGUCACCGAGCGCGUACCCGCCGGGAAUGGACGCGUGGCUCGGGGCGUCUCGCUCGUGUCGCGUUGAACAGACCAUCAGCCAGCAGCAGCCCGUUCGCCCGUUCUCACCGAGCAUUAAGGAAGAGAGUUCGUACUGCCUGUACGAACCGGACAAGUGUCCCAAAGACUCGCUGACCGAGGGGGCGUACACGCGCGGAACGCCGGACUCGUGUCCGGUGAACACGAGCAACGGCACCGUUCCGGUACCUGGUUACUUCCGCUUGUCUCAGACGUACGCAACCUCGAAAUGUUUCUCGGAGCUUCAGUCCAAUUCCCCUCAUUUUCCGCCGCCGCCACGAGCAGCCUGUUUCGACACCUCCCCGUCUUCCUCGCCGGUACCGGAGACGGUCAGACGCGAGGGAGAGAGCGACGCGCCCCCUGCACGCGCACCUUGCACGCCGGCGCGAGACAAGGAGACGCAGGACUAUUCCGCCGGUGCGUCGUCGUCCUCUCCCGAGCCUACGGACAGUCUCGCGAACAGCUCCGCGAAGCCAAAGAAAGGUGAGUCUCGGGGCGGUGACGGUAACGGCACAGCCAGCUGGCUAACGGCUAAGAGUGGCCGCAAGAAACGGUGCCCGUACACCAAGCACCAGACGCUCGAGCUGGAGAAGGAGUUUCUGUUCAACAUGUACCUGACGCGCGAGCGGCGCCUCGAGAUCAGCCGCGGCGUGCACCUCACGGACAGACAGGUGAAGAUCUGGUUCCAGAACCGGAGGAUGAAGCUCAAGAAAAUGAGUCGCGAGAACCGGAUUCGGGAGCUUUCGGCCAAUUAUGGUUUUUCCUGAGUUCGUUCCUCUCUCUCGUCUCGUGGCCCUUCUCCUCCUCCUCGUUCCCGCGCCCAGUUUCGUUUUGUCUAUAACUGUUACAGGAGAAAUAUUGCUAAUUUAUUGUCGUGUACUGUUGACGUUUUUUUAAUCUGUUUGUUGUUAAUGUUUAUAUAUCAGUAUUAUUCCACGGUUUUUGUUUUUGUUGUGAA